UUGAGGUGUGAGGAGGAGGAGACAGUGACAGGUUCUGUGGUUCAUGAGAGACGUUUAACGCCAUCAGAGGACAAACUCAGAGCUGAAGACGCUGCUGUGACACAGUCACUGGAUGCUAGUGUCCUUUUCAUGAGUCAGCACAUUUAAAUGCCACCGUGUUUGACUGUGAGACGACAGGUGUCCUCGCUGACAGCUGACAUGACGCUGCAGAGGAAGAAGAAGAAGACGUGGGGGCGUGGCCUGCUGCUCUGCUGCCUCCUGCUGUGGAUGAGCGGAGGCGGAGUUUCAGGCGUGAACCUGCGCCGCUUCGUCGGCUGCGCCGUCAGAGAGUUCACUUUCCUCGCCAAGAAACCAGGCUGCAAGGCCAUGCACGUCACCACUGACGCCUGCUGGGGGCGCUGUGAGACCUGGGAGAAGCCUGUGGUGGAUCGUCCGUACGUACAGUCUCAUCAGACUGUUUGUACCUAUAAUGAAAGUAAACUGAUCACAGUCAAACUUCAGUGUCAGUCUGACGUCGACCCGUCCUACACUUACCCUGAAGCUCUGACGUGUCACUGUGGUGUGUGUGUGACCAGGACCACCGAGUGUCUGACCUUUGUCUGACCUUUGUCUGACCUCAACACACACACACACACACACACACACUCAGGUCUAACGAGCCUCAUCCUCCCGUCGAGCUCUGAUUAUUCUUCUAAAGGUCUAAUUAUUAAAGAGGUCACAUGAUCACGUGGUCACAUGGUUCAUUUGUGGGGACUUUUUUUUUCUGGUCCUCACAACUUUAAAGGAUUAGAAUUGGGGUAAGGGUAAAGGUAAGGGUUAAGGUACUUGAUGGGAUGGGAUGGUUAAGGUAAGGGGCCAGGGAAUGCAUUAAGCCAAUGAUGUGUCCUCACUCAGAUAUAAAAACAAGUAUGUUUGUGUGUGUGUGUGUGUAUUCUUGUUUUCUGUCACUGACCUCGUCAGGACCAGCAGUCCUCAUGGA